AUGGCUGAUGCGCGCGGAGAGUAUUGGUAUUACGAAGAUGGCGUGGAUCCAAACAAGAUAACGGUCCCGGAACUGAGGAGCAUCUUACUCCGACAUGGCGUUCAAUACCCUUCCUCGGCAAAGAAGCCCGCUCUGGUUGGCAUGUUCGUCGACCUCGUUCUUCCCCAGAAAGCACAGGUCCAACGGGCGCAGGCACGCACAAAGCGAUCGACGCGGGGCAUCGUAGAUGUUCCCUCCAGUUCAGCCAGCACAGUAGAGACAGACGAUGCCGAAGAUGAGACGCUUGUAGUACCUACACCUGCGACUACACGACGCACAACCCGACGAACAACCCGCGAACCGACAGAGGAAGCAGAUGUACCGGCACCACGCGCCAAGACACCCUCGCGGGCUGUUCCUGCCAAACACAGCAGAGCGCUUGAACCUGAGGUAGAUGAGCGACCCGCGACUAGACGCAUACGCAAAAGCGCCACUCCUGCGCCCAAGGAACCCACGCCCGAGCCGGAAGCGUGGCAUCGCAACGACGCUGCCAGUCCCUUCACCCAGGAGAACCCCUUUCAGAGUGGGAGCUCUCCUGCAGUGCCAGACACGAUAUCGCGCGACCGUCGUAGGCGCACUACAGGAUAUGCUCAGGAGAGGCGCAAGAGCGACGCGCAUCGCCGGAGGACCUUUCAACCCAAGACUGAGCAACAAGACGACGGCGUUAUGGUACCCACUCGCGGGACAUUCGACGUGGCAGACCCGCGUGUGAAGCAGCAGGAGGAUGAUCUCGCAGAUGCUGGCGAAGAGUUCACGCCAGAGGAGCAGCUUGAUCUAGUGCGCGAGCGGGCAAGGGCUGGUGAAGUGGACAUUUUGCCUCCUCGGAGACGUAGGCAGAAAGGCAAAAAAACUGGAACAAUCAAAGCAAUGGCCGGCACUCUUCUUCUCACAGCUUCGGCCGCCUUCGCUGGCGUAUGGCGGCAGGAAAAGAUCGAAGUCGGCUUCUGCGGCGUUGGACGAGAUGCCAUCGGACUUGCUGGUGUGGAAAUACCAAGCUGGGCGGACCAAAUCCUCCCACAAUGCGAGCCUUGUCCACCACACGCGCAGUGCUUCCGCGGAUUGACUCUCAGGUGCGAUCCUGAUUUCAUCAUGAAGGAUCAUCCGCUGUCCCUCGGUGGCUUGAUUCCUUUACCACCGACCUGCGAACCGGACAGUGAGAAGACACGCAAAGUGAACGGUAUCGCGAACAAGGCAACUGAGAUACUUCGCCAACGCAAGGCCCAAUACGAGUGCGGAGAGCCUGAUGCAGCAGGAAACCUAGUGGAAAGCCCUGAAGUGAGCGAGGUGGAUUUAAAACAACAGAUGGCAUCUCAGAAGAGCAAGAGCUUGACGGAUCAGGAAUUCAGUGAGCUGUUCGACAGAGCCUUUCCUGAGCUGGUUAUGCGGGAAGAAAUAAUCGAGAGCACCGACGGAACAACAGGCGCACGCCGUCUCGCAUCCACCUCCCUCGCCAAGCUCUCCCUCUCCUGUAGCGUCCGAAGAUCCCUCCGACAAUCCUUUGAACGACAUCUUCUCCAAAUUGUAACAAUACUCUUCCUCAUUGCCACUGGCUCAUACGGAAAGUAUUCAUAUACUAGUAACCGGGCGAUGGAAGUUCGGGCCAAGCAGCUAGCAAGCGACGCGUAUGACAGACUCCAGGACCAAGCCGCGUUGGGCUACUACGACUCAGGCGCUGAGAAGGGCAUCAGUAUGACACAACUGCGGGACGAUGUCUUGAGGACAGAGUUUAAUGCAAAGCGACGACAGAAGCUGUGGACGAGGGUACAGGCAAAGGUUGAGAAGAACAGCAACAUCCGCGCAGGUGUCCGAACAACAGCUAGCGGCGACGUUGCUCGCAUGUGGGAAUGGGUCGGUCCUGUGAAGCGGAUCGACGAUGGAAGAACACCUGCGAAAGGUGAGAGCAGCAGGUUCAGUCUUGGCAUGGGUAGCAGCCCUCCAUCUGCAUCUCGAGAUACAGAGGUCCAGAAGUGGGAAGAGGGACAUCCGAUUUACUAG